AUGUCGACGGACUCUGCAUCAUCCAAGUUGCCCCAAAUCCUAAUUUUCAGAACAUCUGUAACCAUUCGAAUGUCACCUGAGGAAAGAGCACUAUACGAGCGUGUUGCAUUGUUAACAGACCCCACACUAGUCACUCAUGCUGAGAAAAAUCAACUACAUGGGCUUCCACCACCAGACGAAGAAGAUAGACUUUGUGUGGAGAAGGUUGGCCUGACUAUGGCAGAGCUGAAGGAUAAAGUGGCGGCCAGUCACGUUACCCUUACUCGAGAAGAGGCCGACAUCAUUUUGUUCGGCGUUACGAAGACUUCGGGUGACUUACACAGUGGAAAGAGGGAUCUUCUAUGGUCUAUGGAUCUCGUAGAAGAAGAACAGCAGCUUGUCAGAAAAGAAUUGAUUGAUGCAAACCUCCCUCACUGGGGAUUUGUUGUUUUCCGGACAGAUUAUCGUGAAAGUACAGAUGAGAAGUGGCACACCUUCAAAGGUAUCUACCGGAUGACUACAGCUACUGUGCUGCGUGACUGUUGGAGUAAAGCAAACACCCUAGUCACGACACAGAAAUCUUUUCUUGUUUUUGAUCCAGAACUAGAUGGCGCGGGCCUGGAUAUAUUAAGAGAGCGAUUCAAAGCGAUGAGAGAAAAUGGUGAAAUUCCUAGCGGGAGAGCAACGGAUUGCUUUCUGGUGGUGGACGAGGCAGUUCUUGACAACAAUAUCAUAUCUACCAAAACUCUCUUCAAGGCUGAAAGUCCUGGAAAUUUAGAUCCAUGGGAAUCCACACUUUCUCUACGAGCUGUAGAUCCUGAUCACAAAAACAAAGAUACAUCUGAUUUCCCAGGUUACAUUACGAUUCCUCUUCCUAAAGUUUUCGACUGGUUGUAUUACUCUUUCGUGUCGAAAAAUGAGAAUUGGGAAACUCGAUAUCUUAACACCAAAACAGGUCCUGCAGAACCAAUGGACACCGGAGCGCCAUAUCCAGCGUAUCGUCCAGGUACAGAGCCGCCAUCAGUAUAA